AUGGAAGAGCAUCCAAUGAGCAUUUCAGAUAGAAUCUGUGCCGAACUGGAAGAAAAAAAUAGAGUCCUUAGCUCAUCAUGUGGAUUAAAAAAAAACUGUUAAAUAAUCUUAAAAUAAAAAUAUAGUAAUAAAAUAAUUAAUUAGGAGAAUUGGUGAUUACGUAAAAGAUCGAGAAGAAAUUGGUGACAAAGAAGGAGUCAUCCAAGUCAGAAUCCACCAACUGGCAUUAUGCAAAGUUUUAGCAAAUGUACAUAACCGUCACAAAUCUAUCUUGGUUGAAGCCCAUACUAAUCUAGGCGAGAGCUAUCUUAAUAAUCAAUAUUUUGAGCAAGCUUUAGAGCACUUAACAACAGCUUUAAGUCAUAAUGGCAGACUAGUUAAUGAAGAUGAAGGCUCUAAACCUUAUCAUACUCAUAUUUUAACAUUAUUAGGCAAAUGCUAUCUCGAAGCUGGAGGAAUUGAUGACUCUUUAAGCCUUCUAGAGAAAGCACUCAAAAUGAACAAAGCAAUGGUAGGAGAAUUAAUUUUACUAUUAAAGUUGCACCUCAAUAAUUAUACUCAUAUAAUUUAAAAUAUUUUAAUAAAAAUAAAAUUUUUUUAAACCCAGUAGGAGAAGACAAUUUAUCUAAUUCCCAAAUAUAUUCCACCUUAGCCCAAGUAUGAAGCAAGAAAAAAAACCACGCCAAAGCUUUAGACUGCCUAACUACAGUCUGGGAACUCCACGAAAAGCAUUAUGGGAUGAAGCAUGAAUCACUAACACAAAUUUAUAUAGAUAUGGCCAAAGUUUAUAAAAAACAAGGUGACCUAAAUAAUGCAAUUGAUACUCAAAAGCGAGCGUUAAACCUAAUGGGCGAGCUUGAUAUUCACACAGAUGUUACAGCAGAAGUAGCCUUAAAACUAUCUCAGUGGCUUCAAGAUUCUAAUAAUUAUCCUGAAGCUUUGGAUGCUUUAAGGAACGCAGAACAUAUUUAUGAAUAUAAUCAUAGUAUGAUACAUAAAAGCACAGCUAAAGUAAAAAGAAAUAUAUGUAUGCUGCUACUUAAAGCAGAAGAAUAUGAAGAAGCACUGCAAGAAUGCUAUGAGCUUGAAGAAGUGGAUAAAUCUUUGCAUGGGGAGAAUAGUCAGCAGUAUGGAAAAGAUUUGAAAGUUAUUGGAACGAUUUUGAUGAUACUGAAUCGAUAUGCAGAAGCACAGGAUUAGUCUGUGUUGAAUAUAUGUAAUUGGCAUUUAUUUGGAUUUUUUGAUAAUUUUUUCAUAAAUAGAAAAAUUCAUACAGAUAUUUUGGCUUAAAUUGAAAAUAAUUGGCAUAUACCUAAUUGUAAUGAAUUAAAAGCAUUUCUACUAAUUAGCCCUAUCUAUUUGAUAUUUGUAAAUAGGAUAGACGAAACUGUAUAUUGAUUGGAUUAGGUAUAUAUUUUAACAAAGCACUUGCGAUUUUCAGUAAAAUAAAAAACUCGAAAAAAACUGUUAAAGAAAUCAAGCAAAAACUUCAAACUAUUGCAGAUGGGUUAAAAGAUAAUCCAAGCCUCUUUAGCAAAAGAGAUGAAAGAGUGAAAGAAGAGUCCCACGAUUCGACCCCAAGAAGUGAGCCUAGAAGUGCAUAA